AUGCUGAAAUUAAUCUCCUCAUCAUUCCAUGACUAUAUAGUGACUUAUGCGGUGGCGCUCGGAAGGGAUGCCUUAGUAAGAUGUAGAAUUGUUAAAAAUAACGUGACAAAACAACUUCACAAUCAAGCUCUCACAACUACGGUCUUUUGCCAAGAUCACAAGACAAGAAUAGUAUACAACAUGUCAGAUCUUAGAGAAGAAACAAUGAAAACAGCGGCAUCAGGCUGCGGGGUCCCGGCGAGUGCGAUAGAGGACAUUCACGGCGUCACUCCCAUGCAGGAGGGACUUUGGGCAGCCAGUCAGCGACAGAAAAAUGCCUACAACUACGAGCUUGUCAUGGAAGUAAGGGCAGAAGCAGUGGGAAGGCUGUGUGCGGCCUGGGCUAGACUGGUCAAGAUGACACCGAUGUUGAGGAGUUGUCUGGUCUUAACCGCAGAGGAAGACGGACGUGGAUGGGCGAGAGGAAAAUGUCACCGGCUCUUGCAAGUGGUCCUUUGCGACAGUUACCUGGAGUCUGAGAGGACUAUUGGCGGUACCCAGUCGGAAGCUGCCCGGAGGCUUGCGGCUCUCGGCAUGGCGUGGUUCCAGGUUGAAUCUGGUAUUGGUCCCACGAAAUCGGAACAGACAAGAGCCACAAGGCAAUCUUCUACCAAGCUGAUAUUGAGAUUGCACCACGCAUUGUUCGACGGCUGGGCAAUGAGAUUGGUUCUCCAAGAACUGAGGACGUGCUAUCUCGGCGAACCCAUCACUCCUCCACCGCCAUUUCGGCGAUUCGUUGAAUACCUCGACCGUCUGGACUUGGGAAAAAGAGAGGAGGAGGAGGCUCGUCAGUUCUGGCAUGAUAUGCUCUCAGGCAGCAGUCCGACGGAAAUGGUGGUCUGUCCUGCUGGCCACGAGCCGACAACGGAUGCUAUUGCGUCGUUCAUCAGCGAGCAGCCUCUUCUCACGCCUGUUUCGAGAGUAAACCAUGAGCUCGGCUCGGCGACAACCGCGGCUACUACGGUCACAACGGCAACGGUGAUACAGACGGCAUGGGCAAUGCUGAUGGGGGCGUAUGCCGCUACCGACGAUGUCGUCUUUGCCGUAAUCACGUCGGGCCGUGACGCCCCCGUGCCCGGCGUGCUCGACAUGGCUGGGCCGACUAUGGCGGCGGUCCCGAGCCGCGUGGUCUUGGCCCGAGACAUGCCGGUGGAGAAACUGCUCGAGCAAGUCGCUCGAGACUCGCAGGCCGUUCUCCCGUAUCAGCACUCGGGGAUCUCGCGCAUCUGCCUGGACUACGCCGGCAUCACGCACGUGCCGCAGGUCCUCCUCCUCGUCCAGCCGUCCGACGUGGACGUCGUGGGCUUCAGCGCGAACUCGAAGCAAAACACGCCCGACGAGGCUGACGAGACUGAAAAAUCUGCUUUCGACUGGCGCGUGACGUCUCACGUUGAUCUUGUGCAUCCGUACGCUCUGGUGGUUGAGUGUUGGAUCCGGCGCGGCCGACCCGGGUCGAACUCGUCUCAGCUCCGAUUCACGGCACGUUACGACUCGCGGCUCUUCACCGACACACAAGCCGGACGCCUGUUGGAGCAACUUUCUCACCUGGCCAUGACCCUGACCGCCCACUUCGAGAAGCGGGACCCGUCCUCGGAUCCUGUCACGCGCGUCGGGGAUGUCGCGAUGGCAAGCCCCAGAGACGUGGGCUUCUUGCAGCAAUUGAAUGAGACUGUUCCUCCUCCCGUUGAACGCUGUCUCCAUGAUCUAUUUGCGGACAGUCGCAGGCUCUACACCAACGCUGUUGCUGUUGAUGGGUGGGAUGAAGAGUUCACGUAUGCAACUCUCGAUGAGUUGUCCGACAAACUUGCACAGAAACUAGUGUCUCGCGGUGUUGGAGUCGAGUCCAAAGUUCUGGUCUUCUCCCCAAAGUCAGCAUGGGUUGUGGUUGGUCUCCUGGCCAUCUUGAAGGCUGGGGGAGCCUUUGUCCCGUUGGAACCAGCUCACCCGGAUAGUCGUCUACGAGAUAUCACUCGUAUCUCGGGUGCUUCGGUGGCUCUCGCACACCCCUCUCUUGUACCGCGUCUUAAAGAGCUUGUCCGGUCCAAAUCCGUAGUUGAUGUACUGGACAUGACAGACACAUCCCUCACUGAGAUGGAGUGCGUUGCGCCCAACACGGGUCGCACGAGAUCAUCCGAAGCGUGUCCAUCAGACCUCGCAUAUAUCAUCUUCACGAGCGGAACCACGGGAAUUCCCAAGGGAGUAGAAGUCCAGCACCGAGCCGUGUGCUCGAGCAUCACCGCACGCAUGGGCCCGGCUGCCAUGGCCAUGACACAAGGCUCGCGGGUGCUGCACUUCUCUCCGUACUGUUUCGACAGCAUGAUUGACGAGAUAUUCAUGGCUUUGUCCAGUGGUGCCUGUAUCUGCGUCGGCCACGAAGAUGAGCUCAAGGAUGACUUGAGCGGUGUCAUCGACAGGUACGCCGUUACCUGGGCCUUCCUCACUCCAUCAGUGGCGCGUACGAUAGAUCCCAGGAGCGUGGCCGCUGCCGGUACGCUAGAGACACUCUCGCUCGGCGGUGAGCCCGUCUUGGCAAACGAUGUUGAGCAAUGGCGUGGGCAUGUUCCGCAACUUCGCAACGGAUACGGACCAACUGAGUGUUGCGUCAUAUGCGUUGUCGGAGACUGUUUUCAUGAGCGUGAUGGGCCGCCUCUUUACUCGGGCUAUUCGUAUCUCGGGACGCCUCGGGGCUGCCUUGCCUGGGUUGUUGAUCCCAAGAACCCGAGCCGCCUCAGCCCUAUUGGAGCAGCUGGCGAGCUACUCGUGGAAGGGCCAAAUCUGGCUCGGGGCUACUUGGAAGAUGGAGAUGCCACAUCUGCCAAGUGGAUCAAGCCUCCAGAGCUUCCCGUGCUUCUCGAAAAUGAGAGUGGUCUGGGAUCUCAUGCUCGGCGUCGAGCAUACCGCACCGGAGAUCUUGUUCGCAUGCAACCAGACGGCUCAUUGCUGUACCUGGGCCGGAUAGACGGCGACAGUCAAACAAAACUUCGAGGGCAACGUUUCGAGCUCUCCGAGGUGGAGAGCCAUGCGUUGUCUGCUCAAGACUUUAUGCAACUCGGCGUGCGUGAAGUUGCUGCUUUUGUCUUUGAAAGAUGUGGCCAGGAUCGAGGUCAACUCCUCUCAAGUGUUCCCGCCACAACACCCGGCACAAGGGCUCUCGCGCUGGCUUUUGUACAAAGCCAGCACGAGAUCAAGACCCUCAACACGCCCGACACGCGCAUUCCUGCAACGGAUACGAGAACAUUGAACAGAGAACAGAUGCCGCAGACAUUGCAAAUGCCAGCAGGACUCAGAGACAGGGUACGCCAUGUUUGCCAAACCUUGAGCGCUGCUCUUCCGGCUUACAUGGUUCCGACCUACUGGGUCCCCAUCGACAGAAUGCCGUUGAUGCCUUCUACAAAGACAGAUCGGCGGAGGCUUGCUCAGCUGAUGCAGAGCUUUUCUGCAGAAGAAGUUGCCGUGUUUUCAGCCGAGCAUGCGACUCUCGAGCAUAAGGCGGCCACAACCUCAGCCGAGAGGAAACUCGCGAGGCUGUUCGGCUCUGUGCUGGAUACUGAUCCCGAAAAGAUCAGCGUGUGUGGAGACUUCCUCAGCCUCGGAGGCGAUUCCAUCAUGGCCAUGCGUCUGGCCGCGUCCUGUCGCUCGGACGGCUUGUAUGGAGUGACCACUGGGUCGAUCCUCAGGCUUCGGACUAUCGAGGCCCUGGCAAAGAAUCUUGGAGGUGAUAACAUAGAUGCGUCACUGCAGGGUUCGGUCAGUGACGAUGUAGAUGGAAGGUCGCCAGGACGCUCGAUGAUACCUCCGGCCUUUUCUAUUCUGAGGUUCCUGGAGAUCCCAGAAUCCGAGGCAAUUGGAGCUGCCGUUGACACCCUUGGUGUGGCUGCGUCAUGUAUACAGGACAUAUAUCCAGCCACGCCGCUACAAAAGGCACUUUUCACGCUUGGGAGUAUACAUAACGAUGCGUACAAGGGCGUCUUCGUCUUUGAUAUCUCUGCAGCUACUAAGCUCGAUAUCGUCCAACGCGCCUGGGCCGCUUUGAAGGCCGCAACCCCGAUCAUACGCACUCGGCUGUUCAGGUUCCGCUCAAGUAUCUGGCAAGCUGUGGUUCAGAAUGAUGGUUCAACCUGCGCAGUCAUUACUUCGGACAGUUUGGAGAAGUAUCUUGAGGAACAACGGAACAUUCUUAGAGAAAUGACGUUUGGAUCCGAGCUGUUUUCUGCAAGCAUCGUUGCUGUGGACAGCAGCCAAGGGCCGAAACAACACCACUUGGUCAUGAGCGUUCAUCACGCGCUGUAUGAUGGGUGGUCCAUCGGGAUCAUCCUCAAGGAGUUUGAACGAGUAUGCAGUGACAGCGCGUGCCUGAGCAGGAGUUUCUGCGAGAAAAAUGCCUACUCUCGGUUCGUGAACUACAUUGUUAAGGUGGACUCUGCUUCAAGCCGCGACUUUUGGCGGGAGUAUCUUGGCGACUCUCACAGCACCUAUGCCACGUUUCCAGAUAUCAAAAGCAGGCCACCUUUUCAGCUUGAUAUGAACCGACGCCCCCAGGGCGCCCUCACGGAUUCUACGGCCGAGAUCAGAUCAGGUCUCCCGGAAAAGGAAUCGCAUUUUACUUUAUCAGCUGUCAUGUACGCAGCUUGGAGCCAGUUGGCGGCCGCCUACAGCAGUUCCGACGAUGUCAUCUUUGGCGUGACCAGCCACGGCCGAGACAUUCCCGCACUCCCACACAGCUGGGACAUCGUUGGCCCAACAAUUGCGACAUAUCCACUUCGUGUGAAGAUUCCCUCGAGAUCAUCUGAAGCCCUAGUGCAUGACUUUGUUCGGGGAGUAGAGGAGGGGGCAGCGAUGAUCACGGCCAAGGGAUUUGAACACUAUGGCCUCGACGAGAUCGGAAGAGCCACUGCCAGCGAAGAGUCCGGUGGUACUGCUGCAUCUUCUUGCUCGUUCCACAGCCUGGUCAUAAUUCAGGCUCCGCAAGAGCGAGAAACAAGGAAGGGAAUUUUCAUCAAGGUGCGGGAUGUCGGCGCCAACGCACACCCGUAUCCCUUAGUCCUCGAGGCGACCCCUUUGCUCGACACGGGAGAGCUACGCAUCACCGCUCACUACGACUCUUCUCUCCUAGAUCAGGAAACGGUGCUGAGGCUCUUGAAUCAGCUAUCACACGUUGUACAGGAGACGGCCCGACUGGCAAAGCCUGGGACCGGCGCGAAGCUCCGAGAUGUCAGCCUUCUAAGCCCUGCUGAUGCGUCGUCCAUCUUCCUCGACUGGAACGCCAGCUCGACCCUCCCCUCCCGUGUCGACAACUGUGUCCACGAUCUCAUCGCUGCCCGUGUCGAGGAGCAGCCUCACGAGCCCGCGGUAUGUGCCUGGGACCUUAGCCUCAGCUACGCCGAGCUACAGAACCUUGCCGGCAGCCUGGCCGCUGUCUUGACGAGAGAAGGGGUCGAACCAGGGCAGUUUGUCGUGAUAUGCGUUGAGAGAUCGUCGUGGACGGCGGUGUGCCAGCUUGCGGUGCUCAAAGCCGGAGGUGCCUGUGUGUUGCUCGAUCCGAGAUACCCAAAAGCUCGAAACCAGGACAUAAUCUCACAGUCUCGGGCCAAGUUUGCCGUUGUAUCCAACGCAACCAGGGCCCUUUUCUGUCGAUCAGAUCUCCCUGUCACCACAAUUGUCGCCUCUGAGGUGCUCCAGUCUCAGUCUGUAACGGGCAUGCCGCCGUCUCCCUCAACUCCACCCACAGAACAACCAGCCAGCACGCCAGUGAGGCCUUCGGACCCGGCUUACUGUGUCUUCACUUCAGGCAGCACAGGUUCGCCGAAGGGCAUCGUCAUCGACCAUGCCGCGCUAUGCACUUCAGCUUCUAGUUACGGCCCAGCCUUGGGCCUGGGUCCUUCGUCUCGCGUCUUGCACUUUGCGUCGUGCACAUUUGACGUGAGCGUUGGAGAAAUCCUGACCACAUUGAUAUAUGGCGGCUGCGUUUGCAUACCCGACGAAGAGGCAAGGCUGAAUGACUUAUCUGGCUGUGUCGAUUCCUUCCGUGCCAACUGGCUAUACCUUACCUCUUCAGUCGCGGCGAUACUGAACCCGAGGGAUCCCAGAGUGUCGUCCCUGAAGACGUUGGUUGUCGGCGGGGAGGCCGUACAGCAGCAAGUUGUCGAGACUUGGGCAGAGAGCAACGUGACGUUGAUCAACGCAUAUGGCCCCGCUGAAACAACCAUCUAUUGUUCGUCUCGUAUCGUAACCUCGAGAGACACAGACGCUAGAGACAUUGGCAAAGCCAUGGGCUGCCGCAUGUGGAUUGUCUCCCCCGACGACCAUCACAGACUGCUACCCAUCGGCGCCACGGGGGAGAUUGUCGUGGACGGUCCCAUCCUAGCUAGUGGCUAUCUCAACCAACCAGACCUGACCGCGGCACACUUCACAUCCUCUGUGCCUUUUCUCCCUGAAGGCCACAGAGUGUACCGCACAGGGGACUUGGCCUGUUAUGCCGCCGACGGCAAUUUUCACUUCCGAGGGCGGCGCGAUACGCAAGUCAAGGUCAAUGGUCAACGAGUCGACGUCCUUGAGGUCGAGAAGCAGAUCCUGACGUUGAAUGAGCCACCCUGGAGCGUGCAACACGCGGCCGUCGUAUCAUUCAAAAGGCAGGUCCUCGGUCAUACCAAUGCUUUGACGAGGGGAGAGAUGUCACAGUCUGAGGAGCUUGCGGCUUAUGUCUGUUUUGAUGAUCCGAAAGCCGCCUCUGGAAGCAUGCCACUGGUACUGCCAGGAAGUAAUGAGCAAGGCCUAGCGAUGACAGCUUUGCUUCCUCUCACAGCGACUAUAUCUAUGAAGUUGUCUCAUGUCAAGAGCCGCCUGCAAGACGGAUUGCCGACGUACAUGUUGCCCACUGUCUACUUGCCUGUAGCUGGCCUUCCUAGGACGACAUCGUCGAAGCUAGACCGAAAGGCCCUCAAGCAAACAGUAGAAAGCCUCUCUGAGGCAGAACUACUCGCUCUAUCCGCACAAGCCUUAAGCCACAGGUCGGAUUCAGAUGGCUGUCUCACGUUAGAAAGCAAAACCCCAAUCUCAAGCUUAAACCUGCCUCGCGAUGGCCUAGAGUCAGAGCUGUGGCGCAUCUGGAGAAAGGUUCUAAGCCGGGGCGGAAGCAUACAAACCGAAGACAACUUCUUUGCCCUCGGCGGUAACUCUCUCUCGGCCAUGCAACUAGUCUGGCAAGCCCGGGCUCAGCGGUUGGAGCUGUCCGUGUCGGACUUGUACAGCAAUCCCACCAUCUCGCAACUGGCCGAUAUUGUACGGGUACGAGCACGAGGCAAAGGAGGAGGAGGAGGAGGAGGCGGACACAACCUACCGACGCCGCCGCUUACAGGACGCUUCGAAUACACCCCCGAACCAUUUUCCAUGGUGGCAUCGGAGGAGAAGGCUGCUGUUGAGCUCGAAGCUGUACGACGUCUCGGUAUCAGUGCCGAUGCUAUCGAGGACAUAUAUCCGGCGACAGACAACCAGGUCGGACUUUUGCUGCAGACAGAGCAGCGAGCUGGUCUAUGGGUGGCAGAUGAUUGGUGGGAGCUCCCAGAUGGUCUCAAUAUUGACAGGUUUCGUGCAGCUUGGGACGCCGUGGUUGAUAGAUGCCCUAUCCUACGGACACGCGUACUGCAGGUUGAUUCGGGCCCAGCCUCGCAGUCCAGGGCCUACCAGGUCGUCCUACGUUCUGAGACCGAAUCUUGUCAACAACAACAGCCCUCGAAGAUAUCUAGGGACAAAGAAUCGCCAUGUGAAAUGGGCUUCGGGACACAUCUUUCUUUAUAUCGCAUCAUCACGGGUUCAUCUGGGAACAUGCUCCAGUGGACACGACACCAUGCCAUUUACGACGAAUGGUCAACCCAGCUCAUCCUUGGCCUGGUAGCCGACAUGUAUCAUGGAAUAACGCCACGGGACACGCGACCGUUCUCGUACCAUGUCCGCGCUUUACAGAGCUUGGACAAAGACGCCGCGAGAGCGUUCUGGCUGUCGGAGCUGGCCGGCGUCGGCGCCGAUGCCCUUCAGGCGUGCUGCUUCCCGUGUGGUAGUACACAUGGACUUGCACAAAGCCCGACCGUCUCAGAGCCUGCUACACAGAGCCAGAUGAGACGGGACUUGAAGCUGCGUGGUCUGGGAGAAGAAACCUAUCCAGGAAGCGUCGUCGGCGUCUCCGUGGCGAUGUCAACGGUCCUCGAGGCGGCUUGGGCUUUCGUCAUGUCAGCCUACACCGGAUCGCAGGACACACUCUUUGCCGUCGUCCAGUCAGGCCGCACCAACGAUGCUGAUCCCGGCAUCCUCCAAGUGGUCGGCCCAACCAUAUCACUCGUGCCGCGUCGAGUACGUUUGGACGACCGGCAGGAGCUGGGUUUAUUCUUUCGAGCAUGUCAACAACGAGCACAAGCAGCAGUGCCGUAUGAGGGCAUCGGUCUCGGGAUCAUGAGUAAAGUCCUGUCUGGAAGCCACGCGUCGAUCAACAACCUCCUCGUCAUACAGGCCGGCGUCGCAGGGGCAGUCCACCACGACAAUAUUGCUGGCAAUAAUGGACUCGCCGCUCUGGGCUUGCGUCCGGUGACUACCGGACUUCCCUCGACUGACACGGCUGCGUUUCCAUUCGGGCUGGUCCUUGAGUGUGUUGUGCCACGCCUGGACGGUGGCCCAAGGAACAACCAUUUUGAGCUAGUUGCCCACUAUGACAACGUCUUCAUCAAAGAGGACACAGUGGACUGCUUGAUCUCGCACUUCCAGCAUGUGGUCAACGAGAUGGUCCAACUACCUUCUGAGACUAUCCUCGGAGAUCUCUCUAUCUGGGGGCCCGAUCAAACCAGCCCUCUUCUGCGUCGCCUACGCGGGAAUCCUCCGCCUGAUGCCGUGGAGACUUGUGUCCAUGAUCUCGUGGCGAGGCACUGGCACAUCGAUUCCCAGGUCUUGGACCAUCCUGUCGUCGUCAUGCGCACCAGAGGCAGUGAUGGACCAUCACAUCCGACCUUGACGUACAGAGAUCUGGGCAAGUAUUCCGGCGUCAUCUGUAGUCGCCUCAGCCAGAACACCGAGAUGCGCUCGGCAUUUGCGACAGGAGAAGAAGAUCGGCGGCGCCUCUUUGUGGCCAUCUGCCUGGAAAAAUCAGUCUGGACCAUCCCAAUCAUGAUAGGGGUGUGGCAAGCCGGGGCAGCCGUCGUACUGCUGGACCCAGAACUGCCACGAUAUCGCCUGCGUAAGGCCGUUCAACAAGUCAACGCCGUCCUGGUCCUUGUGUCUCGAGCAACUCGACACUUGUGGGAUGAGCCUGAUGUUAGAAACGCCAUGGAAGGGCCGAACAUUACGAGCUUGCUGAUGACCCUUCCCCUCGAGGAAGAGGAAGACUCUCGUUCUCAAGAGGAAACGAAUCUCCGAGAAUCAAAGUCUGAGGAUGCGUGCUACUGUGUCUUCACCAGCGGAUCUACCGCCGAGCCAAGGGGCGUCAUCGUCCAGCAUCGAGCUAUAUGUACCAGCGCCAUCUACCACGGAUUCGAGGCGGCUCUCGACUACACAUCCCGUGUGCUCCAGUUCUCGUCCUACUCGUUUGACGUGGCCAUCGACGAAAUGAUCACCACCCUGAUCCACGGCGGUUGCGUAUGUGUCGUCGGCGAGGAGGACCGCAAGUCCCCGGCGGACCUAACAGACGCCAUGCGCGAGAUGGACGUCAAUGUCGCGCUGCUGACGCCGGCGGUGCUCCAGACCCUCGACGUGGACAGCGUACCCGCCUGCCUCAGGACGCUGGUGGUCGGGGGGAGUCCACUCAACUCGUCUCUCUUGACGCAGUGGGAGGACCGCGUACGGCUGCUCGUGGCGUACGGUCCGUCGGAGUGCAGUAUCACGGCAACAAUGAACUCGGACGUAGGAAACAGCCCGCCUGGCACUAUAGGCCGGCCAGUGGGGUGUAGAGCCUGGGUUCUUGGUCCCGUACAGACGGACAACCACGACGAGGCUACCUCGAAACAAGAUCCGAAUCCUCGUAUGUUGCGUCUGGUGCCGCUCGGUUACGUCGGAGAACUGGCCAUCGAAGGUCCUAUCUUGGCCGAGGGCUACAUCGGCAACCCAAGACUCACAGCCGAGCGCUUCAUCCUCGCUUCAAAUGUGGCGGGUGAUUUCUGCCGUGUCACGGGUUGCCCCCCGGAAACACGGUUGUACAGGACCGGCGACCUUGUUAGCCAAAAUUCGGAUGGCUCGCUGUUAUUCCUUGGCCGGAUGGAUUCUCAGGUCAAGGUCCGCGGCGUCCGCGUUGAGCUCGAGGCCAUCGAGCACUGCAUUCUCGAAUCAACCGAUGUCCGAGGCGUUGUAGUUGCUUAUCCUGAGAAGGGGCCUUUCUCUGGACGCUUGGUUGCCGUUGUUCAACUCCAAGACCAAGACAUCCGAUAUGAGAGCAGCCUGUUGACACCGGCAUCUGCCACCGCUGAAUCCUAUAUUCAAAUCACUCUCGCUCCGGAUAGCGUUCUGAGGGCUGUCAGAGCUCACGUCAAGGACCGUCUUCCGCUAUCCCACAUCCCAACUGUCUGGGCAACUGUUGGACAACUACCUCUCCUACGUUCCGGAAAGGUCGAUCGUGCCGCCCUACGGAGACAACUAGAGAAUCAUGAUGCUUUUACCGUUCAUCAAGAAAGCCCAGGGCAGAAUGGCUUCUCUUCCGUGGCAAGAACACCAUCACCGAGAGUCGAAGACCGGAGGACAUCCACGGGCACGCCCACAUACACAUCUCCGAUCGAGACCAAAGUCAGAGAGUUGAUGGGCCAGAUUCUCGGCAUAGACCUCUCGUCGGUGCCGAGCACUUCCAGCUUUGCUCGGCUAGGUGGCGACUCUCUAUUGGCAAUGCAGUUGGUUGCUCGUGCCAGGACGGCGGGCGUGCCAGGUAUCAGCGUAGCUAAGCUGCUCGGUGACACGAGCAUCGCGGAGUUGGUUCAAGAGGCCUCGGCGGCAGCAACAGAGCCAAGGUCUCGAAACUCACCAACGAAGAGGCGCUCGGUUCGGCGGCCGAGGUUAAGGUCCAUAGAGUCCCCAGAACCAUCAGAAGCCAUGUACGACCAGUACACCAUCGCCCUCACCUCUCCGCAGCGCAUGUUCUUCAUCCACUAUCCCUUUGGCCCGGGCUAUUUUAACCAGAGCGUUUCCGUAUCCAUACGAAGUCCACAGCCAACCCUCACACCGUCAGACAUCCGUGGACAUCUUCUCAGCCUGGUCGAAAGGCACCAUGCGCUACGCUCGCGUUUUUGGCGGAGACGAGCCCAUGCCCCUGAAGGGGACGAGCUUGUCUGGCACUGGGAGAGCAUUGUCACAGAAGAUACAGCCGGCUCUCUACGGUUCCGUGCCCAUGUGCUCGACGGCGAGACGGUCGACAUUGCCCGGGUUGCCCUCGAGACGCACCAGAGCCUCAACAUCAGCUCUGGCCCCCUUUUUGCUGCCGACUUGUUCCAUCUGCCGCAUGGUGAUAUGGAACUGUUGUUGGUUGCCCACCAUCUUGUCGUCGACAUCGUUUCUUGGUCUAUUCUCCUCGGUGACCUUGAGGCUUUGCUACUCGGGGCUGAGCUUGGCCCGGAUCCAGCGUCGCCACCACCUGACUCUGGGAUUCUCUUCUCCAAGACCAGAGAUAUCAAACAACGAGAAUGCAUCCCGGGAACUUCGACUAAUGAAGAGGAGGCGCUCAGGUUCUGGGAUGUGGACGUGCGUGGUUCCUCCACGGGCUUUGAAUCCCUGGCCGGCUCGCGGUCAGUAAGAUUUAGCAUGUCCCUCGGGAAAACCGAUUCGCGCCUCCUGUCCGAAGCCGUGUCGUCCAUUGACCAGCUCGAGAUAGGAGACGUCGUCGAGGCGGUCGUGGCCAAGGUCUUUGCAACCUUCUGCCGCGAUAAAGGCCGUAUGUCCUCGCCCCUUGUUUACGCAGAAGACCACGGUCGAGACUUUGAUGACGAUGAGGGAGGAAACACCAGCAUCACGAGAGUCGGAUGGCUCACACGCGUUCGUCCGGUUGAUUUUUCUCUUUUGAGCCCGCAAACAUCUCUCGUUGAAGCCAUAUGGCAUGCGAGGAGUGGCCGGCAGAAACCUUCAUGCGAAGCUUCAGGAUCCACAGCAUGGAUACCCCCUCUCCCCUUGGAGCUGGUUAUCAACUACACCGGCAGACCGCUGGUACGCGGCGGCUCAUCAUCAAAAUUGACGCCCAGAUCGGGGCCCUUGCAGCCCGUCUCGACGACAGCCGCUGCUGCGUUGGCCACAGUACCGGAUACGGAUCCGUGCUUGAUGCCAUUGGCUCUGAUCGAGGUGCUGGCGGCGUUUUCUGAGGGAGACGGACUGGAACUGACAGUAACCUACGACGCCCGAAUCCAGUCUGUCGGUAUGGUGCGCUGCUUUUUGGAGUCCUGCGUCCGGGUUCUCCGUGACGAAGUGAUUCCCAAUCUCGCAGUAGACUCGGUUUCGGGAUGGCGCAGCAACCUUAGAUUCCUGCCGGGGCUCGAUGACGAGACCACAGAGUACACAACGAGCCAGAGGCGUCGGAAAUUGGUGAUGGAGAGGCUUGGACUGGAAGUAAUGGACGAGAUCGAGACCGUCAGGGCUUGCAGUACGGCUCAGAUGCAGAUCCUCCUGGCUCAGGCCCAGGCCCAGGCCCGGGUGCCACACAGCUCGGUGUACCAGGUGCAGGCCGUCUGGGAAGUCUCAACUCCGAGGCUUCACGAUCAUGAAUUUCGGCCAAUAGAAGAUGCCCAGAGCCAUGUUACACAUGGCCUCGACUUGGCCACGCUGCAAAACGCGUGUGAGGCGGUCGUUAAGCACCAUCCCGCGCUGCGCACAGCCUUUGUCCAGCUCCCUGAUAUGGCGAACCCGGUCCAGGUCGUCUUGCGCGAUGGCUGUGCGGAUACGGUCUUGCGAGUUACUCCUAAGGCUUUUCGCCCUAGCGAGCCUUGGUCGGCAGCAACUGCGCAUCUCGAGCUCCGUAUCAACCAUGCGUCCUUUGACGGCUCCUCAAGCGCCCUAAUCCUAAGAGACAUUGCCACGGCGUAUACUGGCGAGCUUUUGGAUCCUUCCAGUACCUCAGCGGCUCACGGGUAUUUUAAAAACUUGAUGAAAGCCCGAGACGAAGUCCAGAUGGCCGACGCGUUCUGGGCACAGCACCUGGCGGAUGUGGAGCCUUGCCGUCUGCCCCCACUUGGUUCCGGCCCCGGCCCCAUAUCCGGCUCCGGCUCCGGGACCAGCAAUUUUGGCGACACCGACUCGGCUAUUGGGUCCUUCGACGAGUCCUUGUCCUUCAAAGGUGAUAAAUCCUCCCUUUCCAGCUGGUGCCGGCGGUUCGGGGCAACGACGGCCGUAGCCAUCCACGCGGCGUGGGCCGUGGCCUUGAACGCGUACUGCUAUACAAGCAGCACAGAGGCCCAUGACGUCUGCUUCGGCUGGAUCUCCUCGGGACGAGACGCUCCGGUGGACGGCUUGGAGAAGGCGAUAGGAAUGUUCGCCAACCUCCUUGUCUGCCGCGUACAACUCGGGCCGGACACCCUCCUGCGGGAUGCCGUGACCGCCACGGCUCGAGGCAUGGCCGAGGAACUCCAGCAUCAGAUCGGCAGGCCGCAGCUCCACCGGCACGGUGAGCCUCUCUGUGACACUCUCGUAACCGUACAGUCGGUAUCUUCAUCUAGAGAUCCGCCGGGCCCUGGCCAGUUGAGCUUCCGGCAGAUAGAGGGGCUCGACCACGUGGAGUACUCUCUCGUCCUCAACCUCGGGCUCGCGGGGGACAACGACGACAUCAUCGACUGUCGUGUCACGUACGACGACUUUAGGAUCUCCGAGACGGCAGCUCGUGCAUUAUUUGCCGUCUUCCAACAAGCCUUGACGGCUAUCAUCACCACUGCGGCCGACAGCGCCGCUACGGUCUCUGAUAUCGAUCUCUUCCCCUCUUUCCACCACGAGCUGGCUCACGAUUUCAAUAACACCCACACCAGUGGCAAUAACACAGAACGGCUAAUUCCGAUCGAUCAUCCACUUGAACAGUCGUAUACUCCAGCUCCCUCGGCCUCCACCGUCGUAUCCCUCUUCUCUGACCAGGUACGGGCACGACCAGAUGCAGUCGCCGUCGAUGCCUGGGACGCCUCCCUCACGUUCACCCAACUCGACGGCCUUUCCAUGUCCUUGUGUCAACACCUCGUUCAUCGCCUCGGUCUCUCUCGUGGCGAUCAUGUUGCCUUCCUCUGUGACAAGUCGGCGUGGGUCGUCGUGGCCAUGUUGGCCGUUCUGCGCGCCGGCGCCGCGUGUGCGUUUCUCUCCCCGGCCGACGGGCUCAACAGGCUGCGCAACAUGGUGACGGAGCAGAUGCGCGCGAACGUCGUAAUAACAAGCCCGGCCCACGAAGACAAGGCGAGGGCCUUGCUUGGUGACAGCCACCGCAACGACCGCAACAGCAGCCGUGUCGUCGUGCUGGAUCCCGACUCGUACGUGUUCAUACAGGAUCCCUGCAUCGGAGCCAAAAGCUUGCUGGAUCGCAGCCAGCCAGACAGUGUGGCAUUUGUUCUCUUCACGUCUGGGAGCACCGGCACGCCCAAAGGCAUCAGGUUGGCGCACUCAUCGCUGUGCCUGAGCAUCCUCAACUACACCCGCCGUCUGGGCAUCUCGCACCAGUCCCGCUUGUUCCAGUUCUCAGCCUACACGUUCGACGUCGGUAUCGGCGAUAUGCUCGCUUCUCUAGCCACUGGGGCCGUUCUGUGCGUCCCCUGCGAGCAGGACAGACUAGGUGACCUCAAUGGGGCCAUCGACGGCUUCCGGGCAACUCACGUUAUCCUAACACCCUCCGUGGCCGCCUUUCUGCGACCGGAGCGUCUCGAGAACAGUGGCCUCCGGACGAUGGUCCUCAUCGGAGAGGUCGCAACGUCGGAGUUGUACAAGACGUGGCACGGCCGGGUCCGGCUCUUUAACGCCUAUGGGCCGGCCGAGUGCAGCGUUCUCACCACCGUCCACGAGGUCGGAUCUCCAGACGACAACCCUGCCGUCAUCGGCGCCGCCCACGUUGCUUUGGGCUACCUGAAUGACCCCGAAAAGACUGCCCGGGCCUUCAAAUCCGCUGACGAGGCUCCCGCAGCGAUCUGGCCACUGCUCCCGAGGGCCAGUCUUUACCUCACAGGCGACUUGGCGAGGCUCGUUCCGCAUCAUGGGCUAGUCUUUCUGGGCCGCAAAGACCUGCAGAUCAAGCUCAGAGGGCAGCGUGUCGAGAUGGGAGAAAUUGAGUUCCACAUCCGUCGCAGAGCACAUGAGUGUCUGUGUCAUCUCCGGCAGUUGAGGGGUGACCGUGAAGAUGGUGUCAGUGUCAUGGCGGCCGUGGUUGUCGCAAAGCAGGCCAGUGGUGAAGAUGCAUUGGUGGCCUUUGUGUCUCUUACUCCUGGGAGCGAACUCAUGUUGGAGAAUGACGGUAGGGAUCGGGACGAGGAUGAUGAGGACUCCCGGCUGAGUGACGAGUUCUUCGUCCACCUCAGAAGCCGGCUCAGCCUGGAUCUGCCAUCCUACAUGGUUCCAUCCAUCUUCCUGCCCAUCAGUCGUCUUCCGCAGACGCCGUCAGGCAAACUCGACCGUAAGAAACUGCUGCAACUGGCGAAUGAGCAUUGCAGUCCUCAAGCGGCCAGAUGUUUGGAUGCUACAAAGACAAACACAUGCAGCAUUGAUGAUGAAUUGCACCAUCCAUCGGCUCUUGCCAACACCUUCAGUCCAUUACAACAAAAUCUGCGGUCUCUCUGGGCCAAGGUUCUCAAAGUAAAGGCAACAUCCAUCGGCCCCAACGAUAACUUCUUCAGCCUCGGCGGUGACAGCAUCCUCGCCAUGCGUCUUGCAGCUGCCGCCCUCGAGGAGGGCGUCCAUCUGUCCGUCCUGACCAUCAUGAGAUAUCCCAUCUUUUCACGCAUGGCCGCCGAGGUUAACCAGAACCAGGGGGUAGACACCAAUCAUGACGCAGUCGAGCGUCGUAACGGACAUGCUGAGGACUCGCCCGGCGACACUACCGCUGUUGAUGACAUCUGGGCUUCACUACAGCCUCUAGAUGACCAAAGAGAAUUCCCUGCAACGAGCUUCCAGGAGGCAAUUCUGGCUUUCAACAUGGCACCGGCUCGAGGUUUCUUGAACUAUUUCAUCCUGAAACUCGACUCGCGAGUCAACACCAUCCAUCUUGAGGCGGCCUGCCGUUCUGUGCUUACACGGCAUCCGGUUCUACGAUCGUCUUUUUCUUAUAGGGAAGAAAGGCUAUUCCAACGUAUCCUCCCGCUGGAGGCGGUCAAUCUCCAGACACUCAACAUCCUUCAUACAGUGAGGUCUGAACCCUCGAGCACCAUAGAUACUCACACCGCCGGCUUGAUUGAAUCUGAUCGAAACGCGCCGUUAACAUGGGGCGACUGUCUGACAAAGGCCUUCAUCAUACGGCACCAAGCCACAGGAGCCUCGAGGCUCGUCCUUCGCCUUUCCCACGCCUUGUAUGACGGCAUGUGCCUGUCAACCUUGUGGGAUGACCUCAGCUCCGCCUACAACAGCGGUUUUCAACCAAAUUCUGCCACCGAUGAACAAGAAUAUGGCUUCGUGCAGUUCGCCUCCGCCGUGGCGGCAGACGUGCCUCAAUCUUCUCAGGCGUUCUGGUAUGGUCUCCUUCGUGGCUCCGACAUCACUCCGGUGGUCCAAAAUAAACACCAGUGGGAAACGGGUGCUUUCAUACAGGCGACCCCAACCCUAGGUCUGAUGCAAAGGCAACAAUCUUCGAUCGUACCCUCCCGUAGCCUUGUGAUACCUUCCUUCACGCCGGCCUCGGUGCUCAAAGCCGCCUGGGCAGUCGUGCUCGCGGCCAAUUCCCCUGGGGUACGCGACGAGGUUGUCUUCGGCCACGUAGUCUCGUGCCGCGAGACCCUGACCCCCUCGAUGCAGGAUGCCGUCGGCGCCUUCGUGAACUGCGUCCCCGUGCGGGUCUACCUAGCGGCUGUAGGUGAUCUUCGCACUACAGACACGGCAUCCGCGGUUCGGCGGCUCAUCGAGCAGGUUCAGGAGCAGCAUGUCGCCGGUCUACCGCAUCAUGCCGUCGGGCUCGGCCAGCUCGUCCGGGCGGGCUGCGUCGAGUGGAAGCGGGCGCGCUUCUGCUCGGUUGUCCAGUACCAGAAUCUGCCCGUCUCCAAGGCCAGGGGUCUGUCUGUUGUCGAGUCCGGGCCGCUUCGGGGGACGGACAUCGAGGUCGACGGUCGGGCCGGGGCGUACGCCGACGUGUGGGUCACGGCGGUGCCUCUUGAUCCCGAAAGGACCGAAGUUGAAAUUUGUUAUGAUUCGUCUGUCGUUGAAGACCGACUUGCACAGGUAUUGCUUGAAGGGCUUUGCACGGCGCUGCGAAGCAUGUGCGACUAG